UACUGACGAUGAGUCACGAAUCAUGUUGUUGAUAGUUAAAAUUAAUGUGAUGUUUUCCUAUUCUCGAUGCAUAAUAUUUUCCUUAUUGUUGUUAUGUUUGACUCAGAGUAGCCUAGGAGUUUACCAUAUUGAUGAUUCGCAAGGAGCUGGGAGACGAUUUGAUGGCAUCGGUGGGCUUAGUGGUGGAGGGGCUACAUCCCGACUGCUUGUCAACUAUCAAGAACCAGAAAGGAGUUAUAUUUUGGACUAUUUAUUCUUGCCUCAGUUUGGUGCUUCGCUGCACAUUUUGAAGGUGGAGAUUGGAGGCGAUGCCCAGAGUACAGAUGGUACCGAGUCAUCUCACAUGCAUUCUCCAGAUGAUGAGAACUAUCAGCGAGGUUAUGAGUGGUGGUUGAUGAAGGAAGCAAAAAAGCGUAACCCAUCAAUCAAACUGUACGGGUUACCAUGGGCAUUCCCUGGCUGGAUUGGAAACGACAAGGGCUCUCCCUAUAGUAACAUUACAAUGACAGCCAACUACAUCUUGAAAUGGAUGAAUGGUGCUCAGAAAUAUCAUGGCCUUUUUAUAGAUUAUAUAGGGAUAUGGAAUGAGAGGAUGUAUGAUAAGGACUAUAUUAAACUUCUCAGGAAAAUGUUGAAUGAGAAUGGAUUUGAAAAAACCAUGCUCGUUGCCAGUGACAACAAAUGGGACAUCAGUACUGAUAUUCUGCUUGAUGCUGACCUAGCCAAAGCUGUUGACAUUAUUGGUAUCCACUAUCCUGGUACGAAAACAACAGAAGACACUUUGAAAACUGGAAAGACCAUCUGGUCCUCGGAGGACUACAGCACGUUUAACGACGAGGUCGGCGGUGGGUGCUGGGCACGUAUCCUUAAUCAAAAUUACGUUAAUGGCAACAUGACGAGCACCAUCUCGUGGAAUUUGAUUGCUAGCUACUACAACGCGCUGCCAUACACAAGGAACGGGUUGAUGACAGCCAACGAACCGUGGAGCGGACACUAUGACGUUGACACUCCCAUCUGGAUAUCAGCCCACACAACACAGUUCACACAGCCAGGCUGGUAUUACCUUAAGUACGGCUCAGGAGCAGGACAUUUAGAUAAAGGUGGAAGCUACGUGACCAUCGUCAACGGUACCCAGCUCACCAUGAUAGUUGAAACUAUGAGUCAUGACCAUUCCAUCUGUAUUCGACCCAAGCUGCCAGCGUACAAUGUUACAAAACAAGAAGCAAACUUUCAGUUGAAAGGAACAUUUGCUUCUAUUAAGAGUUUAAAUGUUUGGCAUUCUCAAUUCAAGUAUGGCGGUGAACAGAGUGAAAUGUUCAUUCAAAUGCAACCGAUUAAAGUUGUAAAUGGAGCUUUUACCCUAAGUCUAAAUGUGGAUGAAGUAUACACACUGACAACAUCGGCAACUGGAAAGAAAGGCCAAUACCCUGCCCCACCAUCUUCAAGUCCUUUUCCAGCUCCCUACUCUGAUAAUUUUAAUGAUUAUGAUGAGUUCAGUGAGGGUAAUAAUUUUGCUGACCAGUCUGGGGUGUUUGAGAUACGUCAAAGUAACAACGCUGACCAUGGCCUAGUGAUGCGCCAGGUGGCUACUUCCUAUCCCGUUGUGUGGUGCCACGAUUCCCCCUCUCCCAUAUCUUUCAUUGGAAACUCAUCCUGGAAAGAUGUGAGUGUAAGUGUAGAAGCUUUCCUGGAGGAGGACAAUACAGGGGUUAUGUUGGCAGCAAGGGUAACCAAUGGCGGAUGUGCUGUUCACAAAGCUAGUGGUGUAUUCUUCUGGAUCCUAAGCAACAGUACUUACCUACUAACAGCCAAGCUAGAUAAAUUUUUGGUUUACAGUCAAGGCACUGUGGAUGUGAGCAAGGAUAAAUGGUUCACUAUGGGUUUAGUUGUGAAGGGAAGACAAGCAACAGGGUCGGUUAAUGGCAAGCAAGUCUUCUCUCAUAAAUUGUACGAGGAACCUAAGAAUGGAUUUCUGGCUAUAGGCACACUAACAUUCGCUCCAGCAAUGUUUGACAAUUUUAACAUCACUUCAGCGGCUUAAGAUUAUCUUUACCCUCAAAACAAUUGUGAACAUUCCUACUAUUUUUCUUUCAUGUUAUGUAAUAAAAAAUAAUUUGUAAAGUGAAGUUUUAGCAAUUCAAUAUUGUACAAUGCAGUAAGUACAAAUAUAAAUUAUAUUUUUGUAUUAAUUACAGUGGAAAGAGAAGUAUGCAUACUUAGUAUACUAGACAGUUAAAUUCAGUAUAAAAAUAUUUUGAAUGGCGGGGGGGGGGGGUUGUUGCUAUAAUUAAAAUAUAAGCUAGAGUAGUAAUCAUUUGUUAAAAGCUAUUGGUUAAGGUACACAGUACUAAAAUAUGUUUAACGUUAGAGCAGGCAUGGUAUGAGUUAAAUGACAUGUCGACAAGGACGCGAAGCCCUGCCCACAAAGCCACAAAAACCUUGGACAAUGGCUGCUAGACUCAUGUAUGUUUCGCGUUGACAACCAGCUGUCUAAGGAAAUUAAAAUGUCCGAGAAAUCACGUGACUAAAUGAUGCUCGCUGAUUAGUCGGUUUAUUUGUCAAUCAAAUCUUGUCGAGAUGUUAAUUACCUAUCAAUACAUGUGUACUCUAACUGGAUCUGUCACUCGUGAAUCUACAAUUUAUACAGUAAAAUAUACAGUGAUAAGUUUAUAAUUUAAAUUACAAGUGUCCAUUAAUCUAUCAGUUUUACAACACACUAUGGCUAUCACCAGCAGUGGUCUAUACCCACUACCUUUAGCCCCACCAGAAAAGUUAUACUUCUACUGUUGAUGUUACUGUACUUCCAGAAGCUCAAAAAUGGCACUCUCAGGCUAGCAGUCUCUGCUAGCAAAUAUCGACUAUGGCUGCAUAGUUGACCAUUAUUGAUUGGUCAUGUGAACUUAUUCCAUAUUAAAAACACUCUGGUUUGUGUUCCAUUCCCAACAAAGUCUAUUUCAGGAACCAGUCACAUAAAACGUAUGUACCGGCCAAAUUUUUUUCACCCUUUAGUGCAACUUAUCUUUGCCCAAGAAAAAAAAAAAUCAUACAAGAUUUUUUAGAAUGAAAGUAUGCAAUCACGAUAACUGUGCGUAAUUUCCCGCUAGCAAGAAAAUCGUCGAAAAGUAACAGAAGAAAUAUGCAAAAAUAAGAAACAUCUUUCGAAAAUAUACUUCAAAUUACGAUUCUAGUGUUCUUCAAAUCAAAAUCACAGGCUUGUAAGUCCGUUGCCAGUGCAUUUCCAUAACCUUUUUAGUUUUUUUGUACUGGAGUCUGUAGUUAUUAGGAAUAACUAAUAUUUUUUAUGAAUAAAUGCAAAAUGUGACCACUGUACAAAAUAAAUAUCCAAACAAGAAGUA